AUGAAUAAGGAAGAUUACUAUCUAAGGCUACUUUUGAACAUUCAAAAGGGAUGCACGAGUUUCAGUGAUCUAAGAACAGUUGAUGGUAUCGUUUAUGACUCCUUCAAAGAUGCAUGCUAUGCUCUAGGACUGUUGCAGGAUGACAGAGAAUUCAUUGAUGCAAUCUCUGAAGUAGAAACAUGGCAUUCUGCAACUUUUUUAAGGAGAUUUUUUGUUGUUUUAUUAACAUCAAAUAACAUGAGUAGGCCAGAUUUUGUUUGGCAAAAGACUUGGAACUUUCUCUCCGAUGACGUACUAUAUGAACAAAGAAGAUUACUGCAAAUGGAAGAUUUGAUCAUGUCAGAAGUCCUAAUAAAAGAUAUUGCACUUGCAAAAAUUGAGGAUUUGCUCCAGUCAAAUGGCAGGUCAUUGAAAGAAUAUUGUGGAAUGCCAUAUCCUUCAGAAAAUUUGGUGUCCAGCUUAGAAGACAGAAUUAUAAUGGAAGAGUUGAACUUUGACGUUAAUGCUCUUGCGAAUGAACUAGGUGGGUAUUUAGAAAGGAUAACUAAUGAGCAAAAAUUUGCAUACGAUCAAAUAAUUGGUGCUGUUAGCGGUAAUAUGGGUGGACUUUUCUUCUUAUACGGUCAAGGUGGUUGUGGAAAAACGUUCUUAUGGUCAACUAUAUCAUGCUCAAUUAGGUCUAAAGGAGGUAUAGUUUUAAAUGUUGCUUCGAGUGGGAUUGCUGCACUUUUGUUGCCUAAUGGAAGAACUGCACAUUCAAGGUUUAAAAUUUCUUUGGCCAUAAAUGAGGAUUCUUUGUGUAGCAUUAAACAGGGAAGUCCUCUUGCAAGGUUAAUAUCCAAGGCCAAGUUAAUCAUAUGGGAUGAAACUCCAAUGAUAAGUAAGUAUUGUUACGAAGCUUUAGACAAAUGCCUCAGAGACAUCUUAAGGUGCUCAGAUUCGUAUAAUGCUUAUUUGCCAUUUGGAGGUAAAGUUGUUGUUCUCGGAGGAGAUUUUAGAUAA